UGCGAUUUUCGAAAAAAAAAAACGUAGAAAAUUUUUGAGGAUUUUAACGUAUUGGAAAAUCUCGAGCAAUUAUAAAUUUUGGAAAAAUGGCGCCUAUUCCAAAAAAGAAGAAGAAAAUUGUGAGAAAAUCGAUCAAAAAGCCUGUUGUAGAAGAAGAUAUGAAAAUGGAAGAGGAAAAAGAAAUGCUUGAACCAAAAGAGGAAAGCAUUGAAACAGAUAAUAAUGAAGAUGAAGCUGGAAAUCUGGACGAUUCUGAAAUUAAAACAGAAGAAUCAGAAGAUGAUGAAAUGGAGACUUUUGAGGAUCCAGAACAAAAACAAAAGAAGACUGGUGUUGUCUUCUUCUCAACAAUUCCUCCAAAAUACAACGUGGUUCGAAUGCGUGAAUACUUUGAAAAGCGAUGCCCUGGACAAGUUGGUCGAAUCUUCCUUGCGCGUAACAAGCACUCGAAAAAUCCGCAAUAUCUAUAUUCAGAAGGAUGGAUGGAGUUGAAAAAGAAAAAGAUUGCAAAAGCAAUUGCUGAACAAAUUGAUAACACUCCGAUUGGUGGAAAGAAUAAGGAUCCAGUGUCGAGCAUGUUAUGGAAUAUUAGAUAUUUAUCUGGUUUCAAAUGGGUACAUCUUAUGGAACAAUUACAAUAUGAAAAAGAAGUGGAAAAACGACGAAUGAAUGUGGAAGUCGCACAGGCUCGUCGAAUUGCUGCUCACUUUGAAGAACAAAUUGAGAAAGGAAAACAUUUGAGAAAGCUUGAAGCAAAGGUUACAGCUUCCGGUGGAAAGUGGGAUAAAUUCCAGCGAGAUGUCCAGCAGAAGAAGGUUGUGAAGGUGAAGAAGGAAAGAUCAAAACAUGUUAACACAGAGAGUAGCGAAUUGAUGAAUAUGAUCUUCAAAUAAAAUUAAAUCUUUUUUCUCAUUGUUACUUUUAUUGUUACUUUUUCACUGUUUUUGUUGCCCUAUUGAAAACUUUUUUAAAUAUAAAAGCGUGACCAUAAUUCUCCUCCAUGAUCACACAAACCUUU